ACUUAAUAAUUGUGAGCAAUUAAAAUCACAUUCAGAAGAAAAACGAUUUUAUUUGGCACAUUUCUGGGAUUACAGUCUCGAAAAAACUCGACGGACGGAAGUACAUAAAAUCUUUUGCUUCUGAGGUUUCAAUUAAAUUAAAUUGCCUGUAAAAAUAAGAAUGAGUAAAGAAAAAAUUGGUAUUGUGGGCAGUGGCCUUAUUGGACGCGCUUGGUCUAUGCUAUUUGCUUCUGUGGGAUAUCAAGUUGUGCUGUACGAUAUAUUGCCAGAGCAAAUUAGUGCUGCUUUGCAGGAAAUCGAGCAAGAAUUGCAUAAACUAGCUAGGAAUGGCACAUUGCGUGGUACACUGACUGCACAGCAACAAUUCAAGUGCAUUUCCGCAACAACUGACAUCAAAGCUUUGGUGCGCAAUGCAAUGUUUAUACAAGAAUGCAUACCUGAACGUAUCGAUUGGAAAAAGUCCUUGUAUCAACAACUGGACGCAGUAGUUGAAGCGCAUACAAUAAUUUCCAGUUCGACGAGUACAUUUAUGCCAUCGCUAUUUAGUUCUGACAUGAAACAUAAGGAAAAUGUAGUUGUUUCACAUCCACUAAAUCCACCCUACUAUAUACCAUUGGUGGAAAUAGUACCGGCACCAUGGACUAAAGCAGAGGUUGUUGCAAGAACACGUUCACUUAUGCUUGAGAUUGGACAACGCCCUGUAACGCUAACACGUGAGAUACAGGGGUUUGCUACCAAUCGUAUACAAUACGCCAUUCUAAACGAGGUUUGGCAUUUGGUUGAGGAUGGUGUAUUGACAGUGGCUGAUGUGGAUAGUGUUAUGACGCAUGGUUUGGGUUUACGAUAUGCAUUGUUGGGUCCAUUAGAGACUGCACAUUUGAAUGCAGAUGGUGUGUCUGAUUACUUUCAACGUUUUGGCAAAGAAAUAUAUGCUGUUAGUCAAACUUACGCACCGACACCAAAAAUUGAGGAUGGUCCUACUUUGCAGAGAAUAGCACAACAGUGUGAAGAAAUGGUGCCACAUGAUAAACUGGCGGAGAGAAGAGUACAACGUGAUCAAUUCUUAAAAGAAUUAAAUGAGUUGAAAAAACAAUUCUAAGUAACUAAAAGGAAUUUAUAAAAAUAAGUAUGUAUGUUCAUAGUAUCUGAUUUAUUUAU